AUCUUGAGAGCCACUGGCUGCGUGUGCUGUGCUAUCAGGAGGACAAAGUCCACUGAGCAGCAAGAGUUUGCCUGAUUCUUGUUAUUCUGAAACUUUACACAGGGUUCAGUUCAGUACAGUAAUACUGUGUUAUGCUUCUGGUGACGUUAUUUAUUUAUGGCACUUCAUGAUAGGCUGUGUGAAAUUCAAAUGUAUUAGGUUUUGUUGGCUUCAGGCUUCAGCCAGGCCUAUGGACAUUUUUUUGUAACGUUGUAACACUGUUUGCUGAAAAGAUACUCACAAAGUGCUGGUGUCAUAUUCACAUUUGAUUAUGAUUAUAAGAGUGUUUUGUUCUCAAGUUAAAUGGCAUUCUGAAAAGCUGGUGAAGAACUGUUUUAAAAAUGGACACACUGCUCUGGUUCAGAUCAAAGUCACUUGUGCAAUUGAGUGGAAGAUAAUGUCUUCAUGGUUCAAGGUUCAUGGCCAAUCUAUGGGUUAGCCUUGAGAGAAGUGCGCUGCAGUUCAAUUGUCCACAUUUUGGCACAAACAUGAAUCUAACAGCGGAAAGCCACAGAAUCCCUUUGAGUAAUGGUAACAGUAUUCCACUCCUGGGACUGGGCACCUAUGGGGACCCUCAAACGACACCCAGAGGCACUGCAUUGGACUGUGUCAAGCUGGCCAUAGAUGUGGGCUACAGGCACUUUGAUGGGGCGUUGGUAUAUUUCAACGAGCAUGAAGUGGGUCAAGCCAUUAGGGAGAAGAUAGCUGAUGGAACCGUUAGAAGAGAGGACAUCUUUUACUGCGGAAAGCUCUGGAAUACCUUCCAUCCACCAGAGUUGGUGAGACCAGCCUUAGAGAAGACAUUGAAAGCCUUAAAACUGGACUAUGUGGAUCUCUACAUCAUUGAGCUUCCAAUGGCCUUCAAGCCUGGAAAGGCCUUUUAUCCAAAGGACCAAGAUGGAAACUACAUCUACCACCACACAGAUCUCUGUGCAACAUGGGAGGCUUUAGAGGCUUGCAAAGAUGCUGGACUGGUUAAGUCCCUGGGAGUCUCCAACUUCAAUCGCAGGCAGCUGGAGCUGCUUCUGAAUAAACCUGGUCUCAAACACAAACCCGUAUCCAACCAGGUCGAAUGCCACCCAUAUUUCACACAACCAAAACUUCUGGAGUACUGUCGUCACAAUGACAUCGUGAUUGUUGGCUAUUGCCCAAUUGGCUCCUCCAGAGAUGCAUCUUGGGUGAAUUUGAAAUGUCCUCCUCUGCUGGACGAUGAGGUGCUUGUAUCCAUUGGGAAAAAAUACAACAAAAGUAGUGCCCAGGUGGCCCUGCGCUUCAACAUACAGAGAGGAGUUGUAGUGAUCCCAAAGAGCUUCAACCCUGAGCGGAUCAAACAUAACUUCCAGAUAUUUGAUUUUUCACUGACUGAGGAAGAAAUGAAAGCCAUUGAAGCACUGAACAAAAAUAUUCGGUUUGUUGAGUUGCUGAUGUGGAGUGAUCAUCCGGAGUACCCCUUUCAUGAUGAAUACUGACCUUUGUAACUUUUACGUGAUGUACUUGAUUUUUAAGAAAGAUGGAAUAAAUAACAGAGAAAUAAAAGUUCACACAUUUGUUGAACCAGCUUAGUUUAGUUUGCUACCAGUUUGGUACAUUUUCCACUCUAAACACUAGAGGUCUCUAGCUCACAGUGGAUUAAAAGAAGUCUAACAGGCCCAUAAUUCAUUGUUAAUUUCACCAGCAUAAACAGCAGCUGCAUUUAAGACUAAGAUCUUGAGCCACCCUUCAUUUCUUUAGAUUUGCAUCCAAGGAGCCAGACAUUUUUUUCAAAUUUUUUAAAGUGGUCUUGAGCAAUAGUUCUCCAAACUUUCUGCAGGUCUUUCAAAGUUUUUCUUUGGAUAUUGAAUAAUUUAAAAUCAUUUUAGUCCAGUACCAUUUUCACAGGAAUGUAUCUUUGGGCACUUUGUUACUAGUAGCCUGUCACAAAAAUUCAUGAUUUGUUCGUGUAUUUGAAAAAUGCCAGUGAUAGCACAAUACAAUAGUACUAACGACAAAAAAUGAAAUACUAUUUUUGCACCAAUACAAUGAUAGCCAAAGAGCUAUUGGCAAAACAUUUGGCAUGUCUCACCAUGCCGUGCGCUGUGUCCUUAGAAAAUCUGAGGAAACUGGGUGAGGAGAGGACAAAAGAAAAACCAGGCCUAAAAAAACUAUUGGCAGCAAAAAUCUGUCUAAAAGUCAUGUCUUCAUGAAUAGGAAAAUAUCAAGCAAAUGCCUGACAUAAGACCUGAGAGAUGCAUCUGGCCCUUCAGUUUUUAUCAAGUCUCAUCAAAAAUGUUCUCAGCGGAAGAGCGGCUGUCAAGAAGCCAUUCUUAUCAAUCAGAAUCAGAAUUAGCAUACUUUAUUAAUCCCUAAGGAAAUUAUGUGGGUGCAGUUGCUCCAGUACAGUAACAGAAACAAUACAAUAUGUUACAGAUUUAAGAAAUAGCACAAUAUAUACAAAUCACUUAAUAUUAAAUUAUCAAGGAUCAAGGACUGACAAAGGUGAAUAAUAAAUAUCAAGGAUUGACAGAGGUGAUUAUAAAUUAAACUCAACCAACUAUAUGAUUGUGGUGGUUGUGUGAGUGAGCCGUGGUGUGUAAAAUGCUUUGAGUGCUCAAGAGGAAAAGCACUAUAAGAACCAAUCCAAUGACCAGUAACUGAAAAUCAGUGGCAACAUUUAUUAUAGAGUGAAGAAUACACUUUAUAUUGUAGGGUAGAACCUACAAUAAUACAUAGAGAGAAAAACCCAGCAAUCAUAUGACCCCCCUUUAAACAAGUACUUUGGCCCAGUGAGGGGCGGCCAUCUGCCGUGACCAGUUGGGGUGAGAGAAGGAAAACAGGAUAAAAGACAUGCUGUGGGAGAGA